AUGAUCUCCGCCGAUCUCCACGCUGUGGGAAGGCGGAGGCCUAGGGUCUACGGCCUUCGUACCUUUGCCGAUCCGGGGUGCCCGGUGGACUUCUGCGGCGCUUUUCGCGACAACAUCCGCGCCUUCAUCCGGGAGUGCGCCGAGAUUGAAGGCCACAGCUUGAGGGGGACGACAACUUGGUGCACGCUGCUUGUAGACGAGAAGACCGGCGCCGUCAUCCCGUUCUACGUCGUCGAGGAGCACGUCUCCCUCUCAUCCCACCCCUUGUGCGAUCACUGCCGCUGCGCUGGUGAGCCGAACUUUCCUUUUCUUUUGCCUCCCUUGCUGUUGAAUCAAGGCAAGAAACUGGUUAGGGUUUCUACCAUCAUCCUUCGUAUACAAGGACGGGUUAGAGCUUCUUGCUGUUUCGAGGGAACCUCUCUAGGGUGUUCCUCUCACGCCCCCACCUGUCCUCUCCAUGGAUGGUGUCGAUCCUGUUCUUCUGAAAUCCCAAUAUCAUCGGUUCUGACGUGAACUCCAACGGUGGCGACCAUGGCGGCAGGAUGGAGCCACCACUUCGUGUCCAGACGGCGCUACCAUCUGAUCAUCCCCUCCGACGACGACUGGGACCGGACCUCGCUGCGGCCCGACGCCUUCGAGCAGCAGACUCACAUCCUCCACGGCCUCGUCCACUGCAACGGCUUCGGCCACCUCCUCCGCCUCAAUGGCCGCGACGGCGGCUCCCACUUCGUCGCCGGCCGCGACGUCAUGGACCUCUGGGACCGCCUCUGCACCGCACUCCGCGUGCGGUACGAUUCCCAUUUUUCAUUUAGCACCCUAAAAACUUUCCUCCUUACACUUUCCCACCAUCAUAUUCAAACGUUUCGCUAACCACCAGGACCAGAUGCGAUUCCUCUGCAAUUCCUGAGAAAGACAGGAGGAAUCGAUAAUUUUCAGUAAUCAGAAAUUUGGCGGUAAAAUAAAUAUUUUUGGGGUACAGGGAAAUAACGGUGGAGGAUUCAUCACGAUGGAGAUCGAUGGACCUCAGGCUGCUCCUGGGGGUGGCCCACGGCACCACCUGGUUCGGCCGGUGGGGCUAUACGCUGCGAACCGGCAGCUUCGGGACGGCGCAGAAGGACUACCAGAGAUCGGUGGACCUCCUUGGAUCACUCAAUCUGGACCGUUUGAUGGAAGAAUUCCAGAGAAUCGGACGGGAGGGAGACAGACUCCACCGCAUCGUCCUUGGCUACCGUCGGAUCGCCAAGGCCAGGCCGUGCGGGCCCCAACGGCUUCAAUCAGUCAGUGACCUCCUCCGCUUCCUCCUCGACUUCCGGUCCCGGAGGACCGCCGCAGCCGCCGCCGCCUCGGCGGGGCGGCCGGAGAAGAAAGCCAGGAACUCGUCGCCGCCAUUGGAGAGCCUCCCCAUGUUUCCCUUCCUUCCGGCGGUCGCCAGAGGGAGGGCUCUGGUAUCCCCUCAGAAGCGCCGGCGGAGCCGGGAUUUCGACACUGUGGCGGAGGACCUCGACAGCCGGUGGCCGGUGAGGAGACUGAAGGUGGCGGCGCAGGUCAUCGUCGACGCCUUGGAGCAGCGUCCGGGGGGGAUGACCCGCCAAGAGGUGCGCGACGCCGCCCGGCUGACCAUCGGCGACACGGGGCUGCUCGACUUCGUCCUCAAGUCCAUCGGCGACUGCGUCGUCGGAGGCCGCGUCGUCCGCCGAAGCCACAAUCCCGCCACCAGAGUGCUGGAAUUCUCCCUCGAGGAUCUCCCCAGCGAGCGAGGAGAGGCCGAUCCCAGUCCCGCGCCGAUCGAGCCGCCGCCGGAGCAAUUCUCCCGGCACCUGGUGGAGAGGGACAUCGCGUGGGUGUACAGGCACGUGCUGCUAGGGAUCAGGCCGGAGGCGGCGGAGAUGGCGCUCCACUGCAAGCGCUGGGGCAAGUCCUGGGAUCUGAGGGACGAGGAGGACGACCGACUGAGGUUCCUCUGCGGAUGGAUGCCGAGCGAGGGGGAGCUCGCCGGAGGCCGCCUCACGAGGCCCCUCCCCCCGCCGGAGGUGUUGGUGCUGCCGCCCCACGCCACUGUGGGGGACCUGCGGGAGGAGGCGGAGAAGGCCAUGAGGGACACCUACUGCAUCAUGGAGACCUUCCGAGCGACGGCGGUGGUGGGCGUGGCGGGGGAGGACGGCGAUCCUCUGUUCGGCUGCGGGGCGGAGUCGGGGGCGCGCGUGUGGGUGAGGGGCCACGGCGUUUCCAUGGCGGCAGCGGCGGCGGCGGCGGAGGAGGAGGAGGAGGAGGAAGAAGACGACAUCCGAGAUGGCCCCAAGACAGAGCGGCCGCAGACGCUGCUGCUGUACGAGGGCGGGGCGGAGAGCUGGAAGGUGAGGUGCGUCUGCGGCGCGAGGGACGACGACGGGGAGAGGAUGGUGGCCUGCGACAUCUGCGAGGUGUGGCAGCAUACGAGGUGCGCCGGCAUAGCCGAGGGCGCCGCCGUCCCGCCGCUCUUCCUCUGCGCAGCCUGCGGCACAACCGUCCUGCGGCACACGACAACGACGGCGACCAAGGUGGGAUAA